AUGCCUCUCUACGGUCUGGCUACAAUGUACCUACAAGAACUUUCAAGCUUUUACCAACCUGAACAGACAUUACGAUCUGCAUGCCAAGAACAGGUGGUGGUGCCACCAGCCCGGUCAACAACGCCUGGAAACAGAAGCUUCAGCCAAUCUGGUGCUGCGCUAUGGCAUGAGCUUCCAGUGGAUGUCAGGAGAUCCGAGGAUGUCAGCAGCUUCCGGUCAACAUUCAAGACCAUCUUCACGACAACAAGGCCCACCAUCUGUGAGACGACACCACGACCCACGAUCUCUGAGACGACACCAGGCCCCGUCAUCUGUGACACGACACCACGACCCACGGUCUGUGAGACGAAACCAGGCGCCGCCAUCACUAAGACACCAGGCCCCGUCAUCUGUGACACGACACCACAACCCACGGUCUGUGAGACGACACCAGGCGCCGCCAUCACUAAGACACCAGGCCCCGUCAUCUGUGACACGACACCACAACCAACGGUCUGUGAGACGACACCAGGCGCCGCCAUCAAUAAGACUCCAGGCCCCGUCAUUUGUGACACGACACCACGACCCACGGUCUGUGAGACGACACCAGGCGCCGCCAUCACUAAGACACCAGGCCCCGUCAUCUGUGACACGACACCACGAUCCACGGUCUGUGAGACGACACCAGGCCCCGUCAUCUGUGAGACGACACCACGACCCACGAUCUCUGAGACGACACCAGGCGCCGCCAUCACCAAGACACCAGGCCCAGUCAUUUGUGACACGACACCACGACCCACGGUCUGUGAGACGACACCAGGCGCCGCCAUCACUAAGACACCAGGCCCCGUCAUCUGUGAGACGACACCACGACCCACGAUCUGUGAGACGACACCAGGCGCCGCCAUCACAAAGACACCAGGCCCCGUCAUCUGUGAGACGACACCACGACCCACGAUCUGUGAGACGACACCAGGCGCCGCCAUCACAAAGACACCAGGCCCCGUCAUCUGUGAGACGACACCACGACCCACGAUCUGUGAGACGACACCAGGCGACGCCAUCAAUAAGACACCAGGCCCCGUCAUCUGUGAGACGACACCACAACCCACGAUCUGUGAGACGACACCAGGCGCCGCCAUCACAAAGACACCAGGCCCCGUCAUCUGUGAGACGACACCACAACCCACGAUCUGUGAGACGACACCAGGCGACGCCAUCACUAAGACACCAGGCCCCGUCAUCUGUGUGAUGACACUACGACCCACGAUCUGUGAGACGAUACCAAGCGCCGUCGUCACUAAGACAUCAGUCAACACCAUCUGUUAUACGACAUCAGGACCCACGAUCUGCGAGAUGACACCAAGCGCCGUCGUCACUAAGACACCAGUCAACACCAUCUGUUAUACGACAUCAGGCCCCACGAUCUAUCAUGAGCAUGGACACAUUGAGCUGAGUUCAGAGUGGACCAACCAGUAG